UUCAGAAGCUGAGUUGCUAAAACUGACAGAAAAUGGCGUAUCGAAGAGAUGAAAUGUGGUCUGAAGGGCGAUAUGACUAUGAAAGAGUUCCAAGAGAACGUCUCCCUCCAAGGAUUCAUCCUGAUGAUGAUUACCAUAGAGUAGUAAACAUUGUGCCCAAGAAACCACCACUGCUUGAAAGACCUGGGGAUGGGAAUUACAGUCGGUAUGAUGAUUACAGUCACGCUGAGUACAGAGAAUAUGAAGAGGGUCGCAGUUUUGCCCAUGACCGAAGAAGUGGCCCUCCACACAGAGGUGAUGAAUCGGGAUACAGAUGGCCAAGGGACGAUCAUCCUAUAAGUCGGCAGCCUGAAUACAGGGACAUCAGAGAUGGCUUCAGAAGAAAAAGCUUCUAUCCUUCUCAUUAUAUGAGAGAGCGAUCCCCUCAUAAGAGGGACUCUCCUUUCUUCAGGGAAUCGCCAGGGAGCCGAAGGGAUUCUCCACACAGCAGAUCUGGCUCUAGUGUCAGCAGCAGGAGCUACUCCCCUGAAAGAAGCAAAGCCUAUCCUUUCCACCAGUCCCAGCAUAGCAGAAAAAGGACAUCAGUUCAAUCACUGAAAACAUCAAGAGAUGCAUCACCUUCAGGCUCCACAGCAGUACCCUCGUCAAAGGCCUUGGAUAAGAGCAACAGACUAUCGGAAAAGGAACUUGCAGAAGCUGCAAGCAAGUGGGCAGCUGAAAAGUCAGAGAAGGCCGAUGAAAGCAGUUUACCUGAAAUAACAGAGUAUGAUGCUGGAUCUUCAGUUCCAUUAUACGUCGAACAAACAGAGGAAACAGAAACAAAUAUAACAGAUAGUACAGAAUUAUAUGAGGAUGGCCAGCUUCUUGGUCGCUCAAAAGCAAUUGCAACUAAGACAAAGGAGAUUGAACAGGUCUACAGACAAGACUGUGAAACCUUUGGCAUGGUAGUGAAGAUGCUAAUUGAUAAAGAUCCAUCAUUAGAGAAGUCCAUUCAGUUUGCCCUGCGGCAGAAUUUGCAUGAAAUAGGUGAGCGAUGCAUUGAAGAACUCAAACAUUUCAUUGCUCAGUAUGAUGCUGCCAAUCAAGAUCUAUCAGAAUCCUUCAAAGAGGGCUCAUACUAAGGACAAAAAUAUGCUUUUAGAUCCUCUGCAUUGUCUAUGC